AUGUCGGCUCUCAGGGUGAGCAUGGGCUCACUGCACCCCCCUCGGAGUGUCCAGCAAAUCACCAAAGCUGCUCAAGACUACGAAUAUGACGCUCAAAUCCCUCUACGAUACUGGCUGCGGUCUGCUCAAGCGAUGCUGAAAGAGGCAGAGGUAUAUAUCCGCGAAGGUGACGAAGAGACGACGUACCUUCUCCUUUUCCGACAUGCCCACCUUAUUUUGUCGCAGUUGCCGGCUCACCCGCAAGCCAGGGACAAAGCGAAUAAACUAUUACUAAAACAGGCGGAGAAAGAGGUCAAUGACAACUUCAAGGUCCUGGAUUUGCUGAAACCCCGAAUCAACGAGCGGUAUGAGCGAUACGUCAAGCUCAUAAAGGAGAGGGAGGCCAGGCGGAGCGCGCAAGCCCACAACCAGUACACCACUGACCCUCCAAGUCCCCAGCCAGGGCAGGCACCUAGGACACAACAACUCCAGGCACACGAAAACAAAGAGCUAGCAGUCAGACUCUUGCAGAAGGAGAUCUCUAGGAGAGCUGCAAGUCGACAGGCAACGCAAGCGUCUAGGAACGAUGCAGAAGACCUGUCCCGAAGUCUGCAGGAAAUUCGAGCCCGUGUCGAAGGGAGGUCAGGUCCCAUUUUGCAGGGUACAGAGAGCCGGCUACCAGCGCCUGUCGGCAGCAACGUCACUUAUCACUACCCGAGCAUCCCUACACACCACAAUCAACCGGUGCUGAGCUCUCCCUUACCACGUGUAUUACCUCCUAGCAUACAAAGAGAUAUUCCAGUCUCACCUCCAGCGUUACCACCGAAACCUGGCAACAAUGUGGUGGCAGUGCCGCCUCGUCCGGGAAAAGAAAUGGAUCAACAGCCUGCAGCCAGAUCACAAACACCCGAACCAGUGCAUAUUUUUGCUCCUGCAGCCUACCUCGAAAAUGGAACGCCAUUGCGGACUGUGUUCCUUCCGCCAACUCUGCGGACAACAUUUCUGCGACUGGCUCACAAAAACACGUUGUCCAAUCUGGAGACGUGUGGUUUCCUAGGUGGGACGCUGAUCGCCAACGCCUUUUUCAUCAGCCGGCUUAUUAUUCCUUCGCAAACGGCAACAUCGGAUACAUGCGAGAUGACCAAUGAAUCACAGCUCUUUGACUAUGUGGACUCGGAGGACCUUAUGAUACUUGGCUGGAUACACACCCAUCCAACCCAGACGUGUUUUAUGAGCAGUCGAGACUUGCAUACACAUGCGGGAUAUCAGAUGAUGCUAGCAGAGAGUGUGGCAAUUGUGUGUGCUCCGAGCAAAGGAGAUACAACCCACGGUGGAGACUGGGGAGUAUAUCGUCUAACCGACCCUCCUGGCAAGAAGACGAUUCUCAGCUGCGAACAGCCAGGGAUCUUCCACCCGCACGAUGUUGAUAAUAUCUACACUGACGCGCUCCGACCAGGACACGUCGUGGAGGCAAGAGGGAUGGAAUUCGAGGUGGUGGAUCUUCGAGAUAAGUGA